UUGCGAAUUUUGUUAGUGUGAACAAAACCAUUGACAAUGUGUGAGUUUAUAAUUAAAAUGGCGAAUUGAGAACUGUAUUCUUGAGUGUUUUGUAAUAAUUCUCUGAAAUAUUGAUAUAGGACUUGAAAAAGUCGUUUUUAUUGACAGUGUUACAUAUUGAGCUAACUUUAACAUGCGUUCAGUAGUAGAAAUUGGGGCUAGUGUGCCUGCUUUUCUAGGAAAAUUAUGGAAACUGGUGAAUGAUACGGAGACGAAUCAUCUGAUUUCUUGGAGCCCUGGUGGGAAAACAUUUGUUAUAAAAAAUCAGGCAGAUUUUGCAAGGGAGCUCCUCCCUUUGUACUACAAACAUAAUAACAUGGCGAGCUUCAUUAGGCAAUUGAAUAUGUACGGAUUUCACAAAAUAACUUCUGUGGAAAAUGGUGGUCUGCGAUAUGAAAAAGAUGAAAUUGAAUUUUCUCACCCUUGCUUUAUGAAAGGUCAUGCUUAUUUAUUGGAACAUAUUAAAAGGAAAAUUGCCAACCCAAAGUCACUUGUUGCUAGCAAUGAAAAUGGUGAGAAAGUUCUUAUGAAGCCAGAGCUUAUGAACAAAGUGCUAUCUGAUGUGAAACAGAUGAAAGGCAAACAAGAGUCUCUUGAUGCUAAAUUCAGUGCUAUGAAGCAGGAAAAUGAAGCACUUUGGAGGGAAGUGGCAAUUUUGAGGCAAAAACACAUUAAACAGCAGCAAAUUGUAAACAAUCUUAUCCAAUUCCUGAUGUCACUUGUACAACCACCUAGGACAUCUCCUCAAACUAAGAAUGCUUGUGGUGUAAAGAGGCCCUACCAGUUGAUGAUAAACAAUGCUGCACAUAAUUCUGCAACAGAUGCUUCUUACCCUGGAAAGUUAAAGAACUUGAAGCUAGAUAAAGAAAGUAUAAUGGAUGAAUUGAGUGAAGAUAAUCCAGAGGAUGGACCCACUAUUCAUGAAUUGGCACAUGAUGACAUGUUACAUAAUGAUGGCGCCCAGGAAUCAUUAAAUGAAUCUGAUUUUAUUACUGUUGACAUGCCUAAUAUGUCCAAUGCCAUGAAUAGUCACAGCCCAACUGAUCCCUCAACAUCCAUUUAUCAUGUUACAAUGGAAGAUGGGGAUGAUGCGGAUGCAGGAGUGACCCGAUUAGUAUAUCCAGUGACUCCCACUAAUGGUAUGCAGAGGGCAAAUGACAAUAUGCCCAUCAUAACAUCAGCUUCACCAACCCCAGUCACUCCAGUAAUGAACCAACCAGUAGCAGUUGAACCAGCUGUGAACAAUGUGAUGGGUUCACCACGAGUUGUUGUUAAAAUUGAAGGACAAAUGCCAUCCAAGUCAAAAGGCCGCAACCAAUCUGUUAACAAGGGUGCUACGACAUCAACUGGAAAAUCUCUUCUUACUGGAAAUUACAACUCAUUGAACCCAUCAGCUGAUCUGAAACUACCAGCAGAGAUAUUUGCAAGUGAUGAUUCUGUUAGUGAUGCUGGGGUUACUGCUGCUGAUGACAUAAGCAUGCAGAAUGCAUUGCAAGAUCUCGUGGAUGAGUCUCUUUUACCAGCUUCUAAAGAUAAAAUGUUGGGUGGCAUAAACAUCAAGAUAGAGGGGGCCGGAGAAACAUCAAAGUCUAACAAAAAGUCAAAGAAGAGCACCACUAAAAGUAAUGAGAACACACUGAAUCUGGCUGAUAUCAAAACUGAACUCCAGGAUGAUUUUGAUUGGAACAACAUGACACUAGCUACCGUAAACAACAAUACUAACAAAUUCCAAACAAGGAAUAGGAGAGAUAACCUCAGCAAAAAUCGGGAGGAAUAUUCUUCCCUCUAUGGAACAAAUUCAAACAAGAAUGAUAUUGAUGACCAUUUGGAUGCAAUGCAGACAGACCUUGAAUCUUUGAGAGAGUUGCUGCGAAGCGAUAGCUAUACAUUUGACACCAACACAUUAUUGGGGACUCCAGAUGCAAGAGUAUUACCUUCGAUGUCUCUCGCUAUUCCUUCCUGUCAGCCCACAACAAAUAAUUAUCUAUUUGGUUCCGAUGAUCCAUUCUACGGGCUGCCAUAUAACUCGAUGGAGGACAGGGCGAAACCUACUAACAAUGAUACAACCAAACAGUAUCCGAUGAUUGAUUUUGAUUGGCUGAUCGGUAACAGCGAGGCCUCCUCUACAAAGUAGCCUGUUGCUACAUCAUCUCGCAAGAUUAAUUCAACGCUGACCGCGUCUGGGCCACAUGACGUGGUGGAUGUUUUUGGUAAAGGGUUAAUAUAGUCGUGGUGGUUCCGGUCAGUGCUACAGAUGUUAGGUAGAUUGUGUCGCGACAAAACUGACUCUGUCUCUAACUACCUUGUCAACCACUAUUAUGUAAUACUUGUCAGAAGCGCAAUUGUGUAAAGCAGUUGUAUUGUAAAUAUCAUAUCAAUUAUAUUUUGUGAAUAGCAUAUUGUUUUAAAUAUUUUGGAGAUUUUAUCUUUGAGAAAGAUAUUGUUACGUAAAUAUUUAAUGGGUUCUUACAAACACGAUUAACCUAUAUCACCAAGUGGUUUUAUACUUAAGAAUAUCAUUUUUGCCGCGACAUCUUAUAAAGACAGUGUUUGCUGUGAAAUUACUGUAUGUCUUUAAGCUAGAAUCAUGUUAAAGUAAGGCACAAUAGUUAUAAAUGUUAUAUGUUAACUGUAAUUAUAUUUUAAUUAAAGCAAAGAAGCAGAAAGGUGAGAUAU